AGUCGUUUAGUAACUGUUGCAUCGUACGUUGUCAUAUUUUUACAACACUCGCGCUCAUUUAUUCAUUCACAUUCGUUCGUUCGUUUUUCCUCUGUACGUUCUUCGUGUAUUCGAAAUCUUACAGAUACAAAUAAAACACAAAUUUAUGUGUGUUCUAUAGUGACAACCACAACAAUUUCUCCGCAUAUUUUUUUAUACAAAUAAAUAAAAAAAAAAUAUAUUUCAAGUUGGUUUCUAGAUAUAUUCUGUGGUAAACGAAAACAAAAAUUAAACAGCAAACUAGAAAAAAAAAUAAUUCUGAUAAGAUAAAUAAGUAUUAGCAGAGAAAAAAAUUAUUUUUCCAAUAUUCAAUAAAAUAAAAAUUCUAAGAAUUUUUUUCAAAAAAACCUAAAAGAGUUGCGCGCCAAUUUAGAAAAAAAACUCAAUUAUAAGCUAUACAAAAAAUAUUUUAAACGUGUUUUAUUAUUCAUAUUUAUAACAAAUUAUUAAUAAAUUAAUAAAAAAUACAAAAUAAUCUUUAAACAAAAAUUGUUAAAGAUUUUUUCAUAACAAAAAAAGCUUAAAGUUUAAAACAAAAUACAUUUGUGCCAAUUGUAUUUUUUAAAAGCUUUGUCUUAAUUGCAGAAAAAAAUAUAUUGAAAAAAUUAUAAAUAAAUAAAUAAAUUAGCAACUUUAAUUUCAACAUCAUGUAUCAACAAUUAUUAAACAAAAUGGGUCUCCAGCAGCAAAAAUUCUAUAUGAUUAUGUGUAUUUUAGCCAUUUUAACAGAUUCACUGGCACGUGCACAAGUCACUGUUGAACCCAAUACAGCUGUAUUAAACGAAGGUGAUCCCACAGAAUUGUUGUGUCGUUAUGCACAUCAUACAAUAACAUAUUGUCGAAUUGAAAUACCUGGUGAAUCGAAAAUAUUUAAUUUAUCUCCUGAUUGGAAUAAAACUCCUGGGUUUACGUACUUUGGCAAAGGUUUGCAGGCUGGCGAGUGUGGUGUUAGCAUACAACGUGUCAAAGCUCUCAACAAUGGUCAGGUUAAAUGUAAUCUGGGUGUUGAGGGUGAAGAACUGUCGGGCACUAUUGAUUUGGUGGUAGCAUUACGUCCCAAACAACCUUUGGUUGAAUUAAUUACCAAACCCGAUCGUGAAGGUUAUUUCAAUGCUCAUAGUAAUUUCCAAGCUCGUUGCAUUGUGCCCGAAGGCCGUCCAGCUGCCAAUAUUACUUGGUUGAUUGAUAAUCAGCCAGCCGAUAAGCGUGUUGGUCCCUUGGAUGUUACCUCUAAUAAUCCUAAUGGCUUGGAAUUAUCUACCACCAUCCAAGAGAUUCAAUGGACUUUGACUCCCGAGGAUAAUGGCCGUAAAUUGGUUUGCCGUUCUCAUCAUCAGACAGAUCGUGAAAAUUUACCACCUCAAGAGGGUUCAUUCAAUUUGUUAGUGCGUUAUUCCCCCAUCCAACAGGAAGAAACUCUUGUCUACGGCCUCUACCUAGACCACACCGUUACCGUUAAUCUGACCAUUCGCUCAAAUCCCGCACCCGUUGUCGAAUGGACUAUUGAUGGUAAUGUGAUACGUCAAGGUGAACAAGAUGGUCGUUUCUCGGUAUUUGAACCAGUCUAUUUGGGACAAGACAUGUACAAUGUAACAUUAAUAAUUGCCGGUUUAACCUUGGAAGAUACUACCAAAACAUAUAAUUUAAGAGCAUCGAACGCAUUGGGCUACGCAGACUAUACCGUACGCAUUAGUUCAUCUGCCACACCACCAGCAAGUGGUUUAGAAAUUGGUGCUAUUGUUGGUAUUGUUGUUGCGGUGGCAAUACUUGUCUUAAUCGUACUCAUGGUAUUGUUUGCACGUGCCACUGGUAGAUGGUGUUUUGGAGGCAAAUCGGUUAAAAUGUCAACCAAUGAAACUGGUGACAAACAACAACAUGGUCAAAGUGUGGCACUGUUGGAAACUCCAAAUGGUGUCACCAUUAUUGGCAAUAAACCUUCUAAUGGUAAUGCUUCGUUAACUAACUACAAUCAUGAUCAUGAACAAAACGAGGUGGAAAGACGUAAUUUGCGCAAUAGUGAAAAUGAAGAUGAUUCCUUUGAGUAUGGCACAGAUCGUGAGAGUAGUGUUUAUAAUCCCACCACCAUGCCAUUACGUUCCGUAAUGGCUCAGGCCGGUGGACGUAAUUCUCAGAAAAAUUCCGAUACCGAUAAUGCUCACGAUCAAUCGGAUCUCUUGACUAAAGGCAAUCAAUUGGGUAUACCCGAAUCACGUUUCUCACGUUGGAUACCUAAAGAUCAACGUGAAAUCUUAGAGAAACAAGCUAAAAUAAUGGCUGAACGUAUGAAACCAAAAACACCAGAACCUAAACGUAUUACCGAAACGCCUGAAGAAACGACAACACCAGUGACACAAUCACCAACAACAUCCAGAAUUAAUGAUAAUAGAACAACGGCCGCAACAACGGCGGGGGCAAUUAAACAGAGUAACGUACCAACGGAAACGGAAAUCUAGUAAAGUAUUAGUAUUAAAUUAAAGGAAAUAAAAUUAUCUAUAAUCUAAGUAACUUAAAUAAGUAAGAGUAUGUUAUGUACUUUGAAAGAAAUAUAUAAGAUUGAAAAUUUAUCGUAGGUAUGUGAGGUUUAAAACUUAAUAUAUAAAACACACAAUUGAAAAUAGGGAAAAAAUUUAGUAAUUUCAGAUUAGAAACAUCUACUUCUUAUUCAUCUGGUAUUAUGCUUGAAUUACGAUCUUUUCUUUAAAACCCGUUUUUCUCGAAGCGCCUUUUUUAGAUUAUGUCAGUCUUGUAAUAGGUUAAGUUUGGUUGAUAGGAGGAAUUAGCUACAUCAAAUCCGAACAAAUUCACCGGGCCUAUUAUGCGCUCCUUUUCAUGAAAUAUUUUUGUUGGUAAUAACAAAAACCUUAUAUAGUAUUCACUAAAUGUAUUAUCGCCCGACGUUCAGAAACUCAGUUUCCUGGAAGUAAUUCCGAAGAAUAUUGCAAUCAGUGUUCGUGAGGGAUGUUAUAUCAAGAAUAAUAUCACUUCUAAGAUAUUUGGAUCUAAUUUCGGCAAAAGCCUGACAAUGGCAAAGAAAGUGCUCCAGAGUUUCACUGUUCUCUCUCUGCAUGCUCUUCAUUCUAUGUGUCCACUCAGCAUACGUACCAGACUUGUUCAUUUUGAGGAGACUUCUCGUCCUGCUGUCGUUAGGGUCAACCCAUAGGAUCUUUGUGGUUCUACCCAUGUUUUAAUUAUUCCAGGAGACCUAAUGGGUCUUAUAGUAAAUGACCAAUGAAGUCCGAUAUAUCGAUGUCAGACUGUCUGUCUGUCUGUCUACCUACCUAUCUGUCAGUAAAACUAUAUGCCUGUUCGUAUGUGUUUUGAAAACAAUUCUGAAUCGAACUCUACAGAAGAACGAUGCAUACAAUCCUGACUCCAUAUAUAGUGUCCACUUCCCAUUACAUAAAAUUUAGGAUACCUUCUUUAAUGGUUCUACAUCUUCUCCCCUGUUCACCACUGAGCACUAUCUAGCCUUUGAUAGACAAAUAGUUGAUGGUCAACUAGACUAUCCUCUUUUAGGCCAAGUAAUGUCCUUGGAAUCUUGAGAGUCACCAACAGAAGAAUGGAUUGAUUGAAGAACGCACGGACAUUUACAAUGACCCCGAUUAUAUAGACUUAUGGGUUCUAUCCAAUUUAGUAUACAGAAAAUUUCUAAUUAAACGAGAAUGUUUUGAAAUAUACAUAGGUUAUGCCCCUACAUCCGAUUCGUUUACCGAUUUGUCCCAUUUUCUAUACGGAACUUUCCCAAUGGUGAUUAUUUUGUUUAAAAGAUCUUCCCCUAUAUACUCUCUUCGGGACUCUAUCUCUUGACUUAACAGAUAAACAUUUGACAGACGAUCUACAAGCAGGUAUAUUGAACGACACACACACUGUAACACUAUAAGAUUUAAACGAUUAUAACUCCGUUAAAACCCAACAAAAGUAUAUGAUGAUGGUACUCAAUGGAAGCGUUGGGAACUCGGCUAUCUGUAGAAACAAGUUUUCAAAUAGUCUCAUAGAUUUAUAACUACAAGCGUUUUUGUAUAUUUUACGUUUAGCUAACUUUGGAUGCAAACAUUUAAAAUUGUUUUUCACCAUAAAGGAAAGUAGAGUUCACAAGCUUCCGUUGGACACCAGUUUAUAUACUCUAAUUCUGUUCUGAUAUAUAACUAAUGAUGUAUAAUUAACAGAUAAUAUUUCGGAACUUUCUUAUCAUGGACUCUUGCUCUAAAAAUAACUCAAAAUGUACAAUUAUACUAUGAACAAAAUAUUGUCUCUAAGAGACUGUUAUUUAAAUGCGACUAUGAAGAUUCAUUUUCGUGUCCUUUGAUUAGACAUUAUAGAAAAUUCAAAAAGUACUAGUUGUAAAAGAAAACAGUACUAUUUUCUAACAAAAAGGUACUAAAAAGCCUUGUAUUAUUCUUGCUCUCAAUAGACAUUGUUAACGGACGAACAAACUAAUCACAUUUAGGACACGUUAUCUCCUUCGAAACAUCCGCGUGUUCAGCAGUCAGGAGCAUUGAAAGACAGAUUAAUUUUCGUGUCCUUUGAUUAGACAUUAUAGAAAAUUCAAAAAGUACUAGUUGUAGAAGAAAACAGUACUAUUUUCUAACAAAAAGGUACUAAAACGUGUCGUAUUAUUCUUGGUCUCAACGGACGAACAAACUAAUCACAUUUAGGACACUUUAUCACCUUUGAAACAUCCAUGUGUUCAGCAGUCAGGAGCAUUGAAAGACUGACGAACACUUACAGUGUCUUAGUUAAUAAGUAUAUUAUGGGUUCCACGACUUGUCUUUUGAGGAGCACAUAUAAUGGCAAUAUCAAUAUUUUUUCUGUUUUCGAAGAAAAUUUCAAUUGAUUUCAAUUUACACGUCAUUCGAGUCAAGACCUCGUCUUGCCAAGACCUUUUUUAAAAAAUUUUAUUAGAAAUUUCGAUAAAUUUCGAAGCCCAGAAUUUGCCCCCUAGUUACUUACACUAUAAAAGUAUCCCCUUUGAUAUCAUCGUAUUUUGAAGAAAAUAAAAUGACAUUUAUUUUAUUUAAUAAUAAAAUAAUUAAAAAUUUUUCAAUUGUGUGUUUAAAUUAAUAGUUUUAAAAACCUUUUUAGCACUGGUUUAAGUUUAAUUAAAAUGGAAAAAAAACGAAAACAAAAUGGCGUCAUAACAAGACUGCUAAAUUAACUGUAAUUAUCUGUUAAAAUGACUACGAAUGUUAAUUUAAUUACAUAUGCAGUGUUUAAAAACAAGGCAAUUAAGCGAAUUAAUGAAAUUAAAUUAAUUUAAUAAAUGUUAACAUAUUUUUUUUUUUAAACCAAACAAAGGAAAGGUUAACUCAGCAAAAAAGUGAAAUUAUUAAUUACUUUUAUUAAAAAAAUGUCUUCCACUUAAAAAGUUAAGUUAAAGGUUAUUUUACUUAAAUAAAAAAUAACGCAUAGUUAAUAAUAAAAGAUUAAAAAAAAGUUAAACUGUGGUUAAAACUAAAAAUAAUGGAAAAUUGCAUUAAACUAUAAAUAAAACUUAUAUUUAAACAAGCAGUUUGUUAUAUUAAUGAUACUUUUUUAACAAAUUUAAACUUUGCGUUUAACUGCAGUUAAAUAUUUUAUUGUUAACCACAUGAAUGGUUAAAAUGGUUUAAACACUUUAAACUUUAAAUUAAACUAUAUAGUUAAAUAUUUUAUUAUUA